ACCUAGAUCAGGACAAAUGUUUGCUCAUCUGAAAGCUUUUUAUCGUUCUUUUGUGCAGUUUUGUUUUUUUAUAUGUCAAUAUUUCACAAAAAAGCUUAAAUGGAACCAAGGAGACAUUUCAGGCAAAUGACAUGACGAGUUGGUUGCCCUCUAAUUUAUUGGCGCCAAAUUUUCAUUCAGGUCGAUUUCGUCGCGUGCAGAAAUGCCUUCCAACGUGGAAAUCAAAGCAAUAGUCAAAGAUUUUGAAGCAUUCAAGAACAAGGCAAGAGAAAUCAGUGCUUCCGAAGGUGAGGUCAUUGAACAGAAAGACAUAUUUUUCAAUGUACCCCAUGGAAGGCUCAAGCUACGGUUUCUUCAAAAUAAGCCUUCUCAGCUCAUUGCCUAUGAAAGAGAUGACAAAGCAGGUCCAAAGAUGUCGGAAUACCAUGUUGCUACAACAGAUAAACCUGAUGAACUGACAAACGUUCUUAUGCGUGCACUGGGUGAAAAAGGUAUAGUUAAGAAAAAGCGUCUCCUAUAUCUUGUGGGACAGACCAGAGUGCACUGUGAUGAGGUAGAGGGUUUAGGAUGCUUCAUGGAAUUAGAGGUUGUAAUGAAAGAAAACCAAAGUGCAGAAGAAGGAGAACAAAUUGCAAGAGACUUAAUGUCAAAGCUAGGAGUUGAAGAGGCAGAUCUCAUUAAGGGAGCAUAUAUAGACUUACUUUGCUCACGAAAUGAAUUAAACAUUCAGACAAAGUGACAUACACUGGCUGUGGUAGGUAGAAUAGCAGAUAUUGUACGAUAGUGUCAUUUGAAUACAACUACCAGAAUCCCUUUUGUUUUUUCUUUUGUUAUUGAAAUUUUGAAGUCCAAGGCGGUGGGGUUUAAAUAACGAUGGCCCUAAUUAGCAUAAGAAACAUUACUUAAAAGUGAAGGAUUCUGGCAGUUGUAGUCAUAUGAAGCCAUCAGGCAAAUUUCUUAUUCUGUAUUCACUAUUAGGGUAGGUCAAUAUCUUUUAGAAAAGAAGUGUAUUUUCACUGAAAAAAAAAAAAUUAAAAAGUUAUUUUUUGUAUUUUUGGUAGGAAUAUAAAAUAAGAGGACAUUCAUAUUUUCAAGGAAACUGUCUGUACAUGUAGAUUAGACUGUUUACCAAUAUGGUUCUAAUAAAUUAAUAUUGUAUUACAUUGUUAGUAACAAUACAUAAGUAUUUGUGGAGUGUUCAAUCCUGACAUAGUUGAACCUUGCUAUCUUGAACUUAGUUAUCUCAAAUUAAACUCUGCACUGCCUCAAACUGGAUUUGCCUGCUUUCCUUCCUUCCUUCCAUCCAUCCAUCUGUCUGUCCGUCUGUC